AUGAAGUUGUCAGACCUGCCCCACGACCUCCUGCUCUGUAUCGCGGACUAUCUACCCAGACGGCGCGAUAUCGCCCACCUCGCUCGAGCCUAUCGUAACGCCUCUGUCUCACUCCGGCAUUAUCUGCUCUGGCGGAGUAGGGAUAUUAUUCUAUUGAUUGCUGCCUCUCAGGGCAAUGAUGACCUGCUUCGAAGAGCGCUGGAAUGCCGGCUGGACGUGAACCGUCCCGAACCGGUUGCCGAGAACACGCCGCUCAGCCUGGCGACCAGAUACCGGCAUUUGUCGACGAUCAAGAUUUUAUUAGCCGUAGACGGUAUCGACCUCUUUACGAGAGAUACUGAGUCCGGUCAUACGCCGCUGCAAUGGGCAGUCAAGGCCAACGAUUUCGAGGCUAUGAGGUUACUGCUCAGCCACCCUAGCAUGAACACCGAGGCCGUGGGCGAUGCGCUCGUCCUAGCUAUCAAUCAGAAUCAAGUCGAGGCAGCGCAGGUCUGCAUGUCGUUUGACAUCGACUUGAAUGCAAUGUACGAUGGGAAGACCCCGCUGGCCCAUGCAGCCAAAAGGCCCGUGAAGACUAUUCGCAACAUGCUUCUCGAUGAUGAACGGGUCAACCUUGACUGCAUGUGCAGUCAAGCUACGGAGUUUGGGUUUUAUGAGGGUGGAGUACCAAUAAUGCUCGUCCUCAUGGAUAAGGCCUUCUCUUCCGAAGAGCUCUCAUACCUGCUGGGAAAGCGGACGCGAUACAAUCUCGAGGUCCGUGACGCCACAGGGAAGAACGCGCUUCAUAUUAUGGCGCAACAGGGCUAUCUUGCCGGAUGUCGGAUCCUACUUGACGAGUUUCCUCAUUUCCUGACUCAGAAGGAUCGCAACCAGCAAACUCCUUUCUUCUAUGCUGUGGUCGGUGAGCACCUCGACAUCUGUCUUCUGUUCUUAGAACAAAGCUCCGUCGAUUACGGGAUACAGAACGAGAAAGGGCGGUUAUUGCUGCAUGAAUGUGGUCUCUCCGGUGACCUGCAUCUGCUGCAGGCAAUUCAGCAUAAGACAGGCACGAGCCAGUUCAGCCUACGGGACCGUGAUGGCUUUCCCCCCUGA